CAUAAUUCCCACCCAUGCAUUAACCGUGACAGCUGAAACAAAAAUCUAAUUAGUAAUUUUUACUUAGUGGCUUAAUAAUUAAAAGAAAAAAUCUAAGAUUUUCCUGUGAGCAAUUUUGGUUAUGUUUGUUUGAAAACCACAGAAGAAGCUACUAAUCAAUGAGAAGCUGAGUUGCAGAGGAAGUUGAAAGAUCGAAACCAAAAGAAAAUGGCGCUUCUCCUCACCGCUCAACCUUCUGCUCUCCUCCGAUCCAAAUCUCUCAAAGUCAAGUCUUUCUUCUCUCAAUCCCCUAAGCCUACUUCUCUCUCCUUCCCCUUUUCAAGUAAACCCCACAAACCCCUCAGUUUCUCUUCUUUCAUUUCCCUUUCCAGCUCACGAUCCGACCCUACGCCCGAAUCCGAUUCCGACCCAGAAACCCCCACCCAGAUUAACAUAACCGAUGAAUGGGGUGAAAGAUCGGAGCUUGGGUCGGAACCCGAACCUACCAAGCUUCCCGAUUCUGAUCCUCCGAGGAACGAGGACGAGUGGGAGGAAGAGUAUGUUGAGAAAGGUAACGGUACCCCCGCCGCUGCCCAAGGAGCUGCUGAGCCAGCGACUGCGGAUGUGGCGGAGGGUUUUGAUGAUAGAGUUGCGGAUUUGAAGAGGUGUUUGGUGGAUUCGGUUUACGGGACGGAGUUGGGGUUUCGAGCGGGGCAGGAGUUAAGGGCUGAGAUUUUGGAGUUAGUCAAUCAGUUGGAAGCUGUUAACCCGACCCGAGCUCCGAUUGAGGCCACUCAGCUUCUUGAUGGCAACUGGAUUUUGCUGUAUACGGCAUUUUCAGAACUGUUGCCACUACUGGCAGCUGGUGCAACCCCCUUACUGAAAGUUAAAAGCAUAAGCCAAUCAAUUGAUACAGCGAGUCAGUCUAUUGUGAACUCCACCACAUUGUCUGGCCCUUUUGCUGAUCUCUCCUUUAGUGCAUCAGCUACCUUCGAAGUUAGAUCUCCUUCAAGAAUACAGGUUGAAUUUAAGGAAGGGAUAGUGCAACCUCCAGAAAUAAAACCAAGUGUUGAUCUUCCUGCAGAUAUAGAUGUUUUUGGUCAAAGAAUUAGUUUGUCGCCUGUGCAGCAAUCUCUUGGCCCCCUGCAGGAUUUAGUCGCAAAUAUUUCAAGAACCAUUUCGGGUCAGCCACCUCUUAAGAUUCCCAUUCCUGGUAACCGAUCAAGUUCCUGGCUUCUGAUUACGUAUCUUGAUGAAGAUCUUCGGAUAUCUAGAGGAGAUGGUGGUCUUUUUGUGCUUGCUAGACAGGGGAGUCCUCUUCUGGAGCAGUAGCCAUACAGUAUCUAUGAAGGGGAUGUACCAUAUACAUUGUUGUUGUCGUCCUUUCCACUGAGAGCCAAGGAAAUUUUUGCUGUUGAUAAUUCUUACAUGUCAAGUGUAGGAUAAAAAUAAUACUUGUGGGAGACUUCUAAAAGUAUGCAUUUGAAGGAGAAAUUGAACAAUUUCAUUUCCUGAUUGCGAGGUGUAAAACUAGAAAUACUUGGUCUGUUGAUAAUGGUAUCUAGUGGAAUCCUAUAUGUAAGUUGGGUUUAAUAUUAUAUGUUGUUUAUUAA